AUGAACUUCUACUUCGAGGCCGCUAAAACACUGGACCGUGUCGAGGCAAAACAUGGAUCUAUCAAGGGCAUCAUUGCGACUCUUCCAGAGAAAGACAGGAAGAGAACUGCUGCUCUUGUCAUUGAGACCUUGAAAUUCAAAUCUGUUCUGAAAGAAGUAAUCGACAAGUCAGAAUUGAUGAAGGAAGAGCGCAAGUUGACUUCCAUGAAUCUCGUCUUGGUUCUUGUUCACGAUCUACUUCUCGCGAGAGGCAUACAAGCUGGCGAUGGACCAGUUAAGCAAGCCAUCCUCCGACACAAAACCCGCUUGCAUGGAGAGUUUCAGAAAAUUAAGAUCAAGCGUGGUGUGGUUUCGAAUGAGCAGCUUGCUCACAACGGAGAUGAACGAGCAGGGCUCAUACCGCGGUAUAUCCGCGUAAACACGAACGUCGGAACAUUGGAAGAAGUAAUCAAGUCCUUGACGUCCGGAGGGUUCGUUCUCUGCGACCCUUUCUCCUUGAAGAAUGGUUUCUCGAAAGACCCCCAUGUGCCGGAUCUGCUCUCGUUUGCUCCGAGCACAUCGUUCCAUGACAAUCAACUCUAUGCUGAUGGUAAAAUCAUCCUUCAAGACAAAGCUUCUUGCUUCCCAGCAUUCGUACUUUCACCUCCCGCGACGGACGACAGUGUCGUGAUCGAUGCUACUGCUGCACCUGGAAAUAAGACCUCACAUCUCAGUGCUCUUAUGCAGAACAAAGGAAAGCUAUUUGCAUUCGAACGAGAUCGCAAACGCUUCUCGACCCUCAAAAUGAUGCUCUCAAAGGCCGGUUGCAGGAACGUUUCGCCGAUAAAUGCCGACUUCUUGACGGUGGAUCCCCAUGAUGCUCAAUUCAGUUCGGCGACCCACAUCUUGUUAGAUCCCUCCUGUAGUGGUUCAGGAAUUGUGAACCGUCUAGACCAUCUCGUUGAAACAGAAGCAGAAGACGACACAGCCAAAGAUGAUCGUCUGGACAAGCUGGGGGCUUUCCAGUUAUCGAUGAUUACGCACGCCAUGAGGUUUCCUAACGUCAAGAAAAUCGUGUAUUCUACAUGCAGCAUCCACGCGACGGAGAACGAACAUGUUGUCCACAAUGCGCUCAGCUCUGAGGAAGCGAAGGAUGGGUCAUUCAUCCUUGCGCCCCAGCAUGAGGUCUUGCCUACAUGGCCGCGACGGGGGUAUCCUGACGAGAUCGAUCCAGAGUAUGCCUCUUGUCUGGUACGAUGCUCACCUGGUGAGGACGCCACGAACGGGUUUUUCGUCUCGUGCUUUGUGAAGAAUAUGGAAACCCCCACGAAGAAAAGGAAGGUCGGCCCAGUCCAUGAGCCUGAGCAUACUGGGUCCAAAUCACGCAAAAAGAAAAAGAAACGCCUCAAAACGGACGCCUCUAAUUGA